AUGGAUAAGAUGUUUGCAAGAUUUGAAGGUAGAAAAAGUUUGCAUGAUAGUAGUGAUAAUAUUGUAGACGAAGAUGAGCCUAUUAGUAUCCCUUGCUUGAAUCAAAAAUUUGCUAAUUUACAAAGGGCGGAAAAUUUAUUUAGGGCGUAUGCUUUAAACCAUGGUUUUGCAAUUAAGAUACAAAACACGCAGAGGCGAGUCAAUGAUAAAUCCAUAUAUGGUCGAAUGUACGUCUGUAAUUUAGCGGGCGAAAAUCGUGGGAAAAACCCCGUUGAGGAAGAAGAAAUAUUGAUUGGUAGUGUUGGGAGUGUUAAGGGCAAACGGCGUAGAGAUGUGCUGCCUAGAAGUGAUUGCAAAGUUAGAAUGUACGUGGUUAAUAAGAAAAAAUCAAUUCAUUGGGAGAUAACCUCUUUGGAAUUAGAACACAAUCACGAAGUCGUUACUCCUUCCAAGAUGAGUUUGAUAAGACGGGAGAGACAUGUGACCGCGGCUCAAAGAAAUUUAAUCAAGACCUUACAUGCUUCGGGUGUCCCACCAAGACAACAAAUGAAUAUUUUUGGUCAAAUGCACGGGGGAGCGGAACAAGUAGGUUUUAAUAGCCAACAUUUAAGAAAUGUCGUGCACGAUUUUAGAAAGGACAACAUGGGAGUAAACGAUGCUCAAGCCGGUUUGGAUUUGUUGUAUCGUUUGAAAGAAGAGAGUGGCGGUAAGUUUUUUAUCAAGACUCUCCUUGAUGACGAACAAAGAUUGAAGUGUCUUGUAUGGGUCGAUCCCCGCUCUAUGAUGGCCUAUCGAAAUUUUGGUGAUGUGGUUGCGUUUGACACAACAUAUCGAACUAAUAGAUAUGCUAUGCCGUUUGUGCCUUUCACCGGAGUCAACCAUCAGUAUCAAUCAAUAGUUUUUUGUUUUGCACUCGUGCGGGAUGAAUUGAAGACAACUUUUGAGUACUUGGCUAGAGGCGAUGGAAGGCAAAGAACCCCUAGCUAUCAUAACCGAUAA